AUGGAGCCCAAAAACAGUGAUAUCACACCCAAUGUGCUAGAGUCACGUGGCUCUUUUACAGAAGACACCAAAUUCAUCGGAAAUGAAGACAUCGAGCCAACUUCGGGCGAUGAUUCUGGGACUGCGGAUAAGGAACUGCAAGACCCCCUAGAAGAUGUUGACGAGGGGCCGAAGCACGUCACAGGCUACAAGCUGUUAUUCGCAAUGGCAGCCCUCAAUCUCAGCGCCAUAUUGAUUAAUCUAGACAACGCAAUCCUCUCAACGGCAACUCCCACUAUUACCAACGAGUUUCACUCCGUCAAAGAUAUUGGCUGGUACGCGUUGUUGCUCACACACCAAAGGUCUGCUUUGCAGCCUUUGACCGGCAAGUUCUUCACUUACUUCAGCAAUAAGUGGACAUACAUCGUGUUCCUAGUCAUAUUCGAGGUUGGUUCACUGAUCUGCGCCCUCUCGCAAUCAUCAGUUCAGUUCAUUGCGGGCCGAACGGUGGCUGGCAUUGGUGCUUCUGGCCUUUUCAAUGGCUCAAUGAUCAUCAUUUACGGCAUGGUAUCUGCUCAACAGCGGCCCGCUAUGAUGGGCAUCAUGCUUGCCAUCUCGCAAAUCGGACUGAUUGCAGGCCCGCUCAUUGGUGGCUCGCUAACACAGUACACCAAUUGGCGCUGGUGCUUCUGGAUUAAUCUCCCCAUCGGAGGUUUUGCUUGCAUUCUGCUUGCACUGGUCUACAUUCCUGAACAGAUGGCUAAAUCAAAGUUCACGGCGGUGCUCACUGACCGCAACAUCCUGAAGAAGUUCGAUGUUGUAGGCUCAGGGAUCCUGAUUGGAGCCAUCGUCCAGCUCCUGCUAGCGCUCCACUACGGUGGUGCUGAAUACCCCUGGAGCAGCGCCAUCGUGAUUGGGCUCUUCUGCGGUUUCGCCGGAGCCACCAUUCUGUUCAUGGGGUGGGAAUACCGAGCCGGCGCGAAUGCUCUCAUGCCGCUUGAGAUGUUUAAGAACAAAGUUGUGGCAUGCGGAGCCGCAAUGAAUACUUGCUUGUUUGGAAUCACGUAUAUCGCAACUUACUUCAUACCUAUUUACUUCCAGAGUAUCCUUGGCGACAGCCCUAUGGAGAGCGGCAUUCACAUGUUGCCAAGCAUGAUCGGGUCCAUUGUCAUGACUCUUCUCUCAGGCAUGAUGGGUGAGAACCAACAUUUCAGGACUCUUAGAGAACAAUAG